AUGGGAAAUGCUGAUUUUCAACCUCCUCAACAGUAUGGCCGCGUGGAAGUACCACCGCCAAAACCCUUUUUCAAGUCACUAGCAGUGUCUGUGAAGGAGACACUAUUUCCUGAUGAUCCUUUCCGGCAGUUUAAAGAUCAGCCAUUUUCCAAGAAAUGUGUUCUUGGGUUGCAGUACUUUGUGCCAAUCCUUGAAUGGGCUCCUCGUUAUACCUUUGAGUUCUUCAAAGCUGAUUUGGUUGCUGGAAUUACUAUUGCCAGUCUUGCUGUUCCUCAGGGCAUAAGUUAUGCUAGAUUGGCCAGUUUGCCACCGAUUAUUGGGCUAUAUUCAAGCUUUGUGCCACCAUUGAUAUAUGCUCUUUUGGGAAGUUCCAAGGAUUUGGCUGUUGGAACUAUAGCUGUACCUUCAUUGCUCAUAAGCGCAAUGAUGGGAAAAGAAGUCCAUCCAGCUGAGAACCCUAAGCUUUAUGUGCAGUUAGUCUUAACAGCAACUUUCUUUGCUGGCGUCUUCCAAGCUUCUUUAGGCUUGUUAAGGCUUGGAUUCAUUGUGGAUUUCCUAUCACAUGCCACAAUAGUGGGAUUUAUGGGAGGAGCCGCCACAGUUGUGUGCUUGCAGCAAUUAAAAGGAAUUCUUGGACUUGUUCAUUUCACUCAUGAAACUGAUGUAAUUUCAGUGAUGCGAUCCAUUUUUACCCAAGUCCACCAGUGGAGAUGGGAAAGUGGAGUCUUGGGUUGCUGUUUUCUCCUUUACCUAUUCACAACAAAGUACUUUAGCAAGAAAAAACCAGUCUUCUUUUGGAUAAAUGCUAUGGCACCUCUUACUUCAGUCAUACUGGGAAGUGUCUUGGUGUACGUUACUCACGCUGAAAACCAUGGAGUUGAAGUGAUUGGGCACCUGAAGAAAGGAUUGAAUCCACCAUCUUUGUCGGAGUUGGCAUUUGGAUCUCCAUACCUUAUGUUAGCUCUCAAGACUGGAGUUAUCACUGGGGUCAUUGCUUUAGCUGAAGGAGUUGCAGUGGGGAGAAGUUUUGCCUCAUUCAAGAACUAUCAAAUCGAUGGAAACAAAGAGAUGAUUGCUUUUGGAAUGAUGAACAUUGCUGGUUCUUGCACUUCCUGCUACCUUACCUCAGGGCCAUUUUCAAGGAGUGCAGUGAAUUUCAAUGCGGGAUGCAAAACUGCAGUUUCCAACAUUGUGAUGGCAGCUGCUGUGAUGAUAACACUGUUAUUUCUCACCCCUUUGUUCCAUUACACUCCUUUGGUUGUACUUUCUGCAAUCAUCAUUGCAGCCAUGAUUGGCCUCAUAGAUUAUGAAGCUGCCAUUCACCUUUCAAAAAUCGACAAAUUCGACUUUGCUGUCUGCAUCAGUGCAUACAUCGGCGUGGUCUUUGGCAGCGUAGAAAUCGGCCUAGUCAUUGCUGUGGCAAUAUCUCUUCUAAGAGUCAUUCUAUUCAUAGCAAGGCCAAGAACAACUCUUCUGGGGAACAUUCCUAACUCAAUGGCUUACAGAAGCAUAGAUCAAUACCCCGCUGCAAUUAAUGUCCCAGGGAUUCUUAUCCUCAGAAUUGAAGCUCCCGUGUACUUCGCCAAUGCAAGCUACUUAAGGGAGAGGAUCACAAGAUGGAUUGAUGAGGAGGAAGACAAGCUGAAGAGUUCAACAGAUGUUGAACUGCAGUAUGUCAUAUUGGAUUUGAGUGCUGUUGGCACCAUAGAUACUAGUGGAGUAAGUAUGAUUGAAGAAGUAAAGAAAAACAUGGACAGAAGAUGUCUACAGCUUGUAUUAGCCAAUCCUGGAAGUGAGGUCAUGAAGAAGCUGGACAAGUCCGAUCUAAUUGAAAAGAUCGGUAAAGAGUGGAUCUUUCUGACAGUUGCAGAAGCAGCAUGCGCAUGCAACUACAUGCUUCACUCUUACAAGCAGAAAGGCAAGAUAACUGAAAAUAAUUCAUCAGAUCAAAUGGUUUAA